ACUUUCACUUCCUUCCCUACAGAACACCUUAAGAAAUCCCCGCCAUGUCUGAGACACAGUCUGAGGAGAAGAAGGACCCGCCAGCCACAGAACCGGCGCCGGGAACCGGACACCACAUCGUCCCCCCCGGUCACCACGUGGCCACGCCCGCCGACCACCAUGCCCCCGCUCACCAUGGUUACCAGCACGGCAACACCGAUCACCAUGGCAUCAUGGAUCACCAUGGCAACCUCGAUCACCAUGGUAACAUAGAUCACCAUGGCAAUGGGCAUGGGUCAACGGCACCCGGGCACUUCUUAUAUGGUUCAGACCAGAACAUCCUGACAGACAUCCCCGGGCUGGGGGGCGAGGAGGAACCCCAGAGGGAGGAGGAACAGCAAACACAACAGCCUGCAGCCUCCCGGGGGGAGGAGCAGCAGCAGGCAGAAGAGCCGCUCGUGCGCUCCCCACAGGAGACGGAGGAAAACGUAGCGGCGCAGACGGAGAGCGUCGUCCGCGACUUCCUGUUCCAGAGACACCAGCGGGAACAGGCGCGGGAGGCUCAGGUCGGGGAGUGUACGCCGUCCAUGCCAGAACUCACGCCGGAUAUCAACCCACUCAGCCGUGAGAGCGAGGUUGGGCGGAAGCUGGCGAUGAUCGGAGACGAAAUCGAGACCCGCUACGAGAGCGAGUUCAAGGCCAUGAUCAAGACGCUGCGAGUCACCCCGUCCACCGCGUACGAGGCAUUCGCUGGUGUCGCUCGAAGGUUAUUCCGAGACGGCAUCAACUGGGGCAGGAUAGUUGCGCUGCUUUUUGUUUGUAGGUUAUUCCGAGACGGCAUCAACUGGGGCAGGAUAGUUGCGCUGCUGUGUUUCGGGUAUCGGAUGGCGGUGGACGUGCUCGAGCGGGGAAUCCCGGACUUCGUGCGGCAGAUCAUCAAGUAUGUCGUCAAGUUCAUCGUCUCCGAGCGGAUAGCCAGGUGGAUCGCCGAGCACGGCGGAUGGAGAGGCGUCCUGAGCUACACACUGAACGAGGGUUUCCAGGCGCUGGGCACAGUCUUCGUGGUCGCUGCAGUUACAGUCAUCGCCGCCGUGUGGCUCUUCAGACGGUCAUAGAACCACCAGCAGGUGCCCUCUCGAACCUCCCCACGUCAGGAAUGGUACAGUCUGAAAUUCAGGCAGGCUGAUCAUACUUAGGAUAAUACCACUUCAGUUGUAGGGAUGCCAGGAUAGAUACAUGUAUUCUCUGUACCAUAUUGAUCAAUUUGUGAUUCACCCCGUAACUGAAGUGGUAGGUUCUACGUUUAGCUGGGGGUUGUGAGGUUUGGAUGAUGCCACUUUGGUGAAGGAGGGGACACGGCUGCUGGUAUUUUAUGGACCAAGUUUUUGGGUUGUGCUAUGUUGAGGGAGGGGUGUUGUAUGAUAGCCGAGGUAGAGGCUAGUUUGGCUGGUGCUGGGAGGGCAGACUUGCAGGACUGUUAACUGGGGUUUGGGCAGGAAACAGGGAGGAAAUAGUCGAAGUAUGGUAUACAGUCAAACCUGCACAUGAAGCCCAUACAGGACCAAUACAAUCAAAGGUAUAUGUCAAACCUGCCCAACAAGACCACUUUGGACCAAUACAAUGUAGUCUAUACUACAGGACACAGAUGUUGGUAGGGAAAAUUAUGUAAGGGACCAGCAAAAAGUGGUCGCAUUUGCCAAAUGGUCACUUGUACAGGCUUGACUGUAUUCUGAUCCAAAAUUGGAAGAUUUGAUGUUUUUGGAAAGUAUUAGAGGCAACUUCGAUGCCUGUUGUAGAUGUUUUCAUUGAUAAGUUGUCAGGAAGUUGGCAUUGAGGAAAGGUUUUGAUACUGAAAAAGGCACCUGAUGUUUUAGCCAUGAAAAUAAUGUUCUCUGCCACCUUUAGUUGGCAGCCCUGCAUGGCACAUGAUAUAACAAGCCAUUUGUUAGGAUCUGGUUUGGGCCAGGUGACCUGUGACCUGUAAAACUGACCUGUGACCUGACUUUUGACCUGUCCUUGACAUGUCAGAUGGCUCAAGCAAGGGUUAAGAGAAGUUCUGAAAAAUUAACUUGUCUUGGACAGAAAUAUUUGAUUUUUUUGGCUUUUGGAAUGUCCACUGAGGUGGGAAGGUGUCAAAGGUCACCCUUGUCCAAUCAGAGACUGAGAAGAGUUUGAUUGACAGGACGGGAGUUUAUGAGAAAGUGCUUAGAAAAGAACAGUAAAUAACUUAACUGUCAAGUUUUAGGGAAAAAUGAUUUUAGGCUAGAGGCUCCAAGAGUUGCUAUUAAUGUAGGCCACCCCUAUUGUGUAAUGGUUGUGCCCAAAAUUUGUAUGAUUGGAAGGGGGAAUGACCCAAUGAAUAGCUGAAAUGGGGGUGGUCAGGAUGUGCUCUAUAGGAAUAAGUUCCACCCAGGUUCAGACCUUUUGGGAAGAUUGUAGGCUGCGAGAAGAGCCUAAAAAUAUCAUAUCAUAAGACUGAAGUAUUUUCCUAUGUCUACAUGUUUAUAUGUGUCAGUCUGGGCUGGGAGGGAAACAACAUGGCCGCUUCUCAUAGAAGUGUUCAAGGUCAUUCAUAUUGUUAUCGAAGGUCAAAUGAAGACAAGGUCACACAGUAUUCAUCAAGGUCAUCGUACUGUGAAUCGUGAUCUUUUUCUGGUUAAAAAUGUACAACAGGGUAUUUGUAACUGUGUACUUGACAAGUGAUGCGGAUUUCCGGCAAAAUUUGAAGAAAAAAUCUGGAAAGUCUGAAAAAAUCUGGUUCUUUCCAUAUCAUUAUGGAUUCAGGAAGGCUGUAAAUUUGCUCUGCAUAAAAAUUCCAGGAUUGACGGAAUUCCUGUCAGGAAAACUCAGGAAAAUUCUGCUGAAUAAGAUCAGCUGCAUCAAAACUGUUUCUUUCACUGGCGCAAAACAAUAAGCUUUAGCUGCAGUGUUCAUUCUUCGUAUAGCGAUGAAGACCUCAGCUUGCUUUGGUGUCUCCUAUGAAUGAUAAACACGUGGUCACUUCGAACUCAGGAUCAUUUGCAGGAUUAAAGUUUCAGGAAAGUCAACGCAGAAAAAUAAACUUAAAGAAUUAAUGAAAACAAAACUUGUGUGCAAGCAAUAAUCAUCAAAGUCAUCACUCACAAAAUCAACCUAAUUCAGGGAUCAAAACAUUUACUACACAAAAUCAUGACUGGAUUAAAGAUAGAAAAACAACCAGCAAAACCUCCCAGCCCAGACUGAUUCCAGCUGACCUGUUCUGACUGUAUUUGUGAGAAGUUGCAGAACUUUAUAAAGAAUAUUUGUGAUGCCUUAUCAGUUGUUUCAUGUGAAUCUACUUUAGCAGAGGAAUGAUAACUACGUAAGUUCUGUUGUAAAAGUCUUGUUUUUUCGCAUACCAGAAUUGUAACGUUUUUUUCGCUGUUUAAGUUGGAGGGUAUGUAUGGGGGAUUCUGCUGCAGGUGUCAUGGAAUAUUACGAACAAAGGGAGAGAAAGUUAUGUCGAUGUUAUUGUUUUUGUGACCAAAUCUACAAGUUUCAGAUCAUUUUUCAACAGGAAACAGUUUCUCGACAAUCAUGUUUUCUUCUCAAGGCCAAAUUUGAUGUUGUAUUCAGGUCAGCUGACCAUUUGUGACCAAUCAAACACUCGUCUGGGCUGCCACAUAAUGUCUUUGCAAGCUGCAGUUCUGACUCAGUCCUCUAGGUGGAGCUUGUGUCUAAAUAAGCAAAUGUGUGUCUUCUAUUCCACAAUUUCACCAGGAAAAUGUUUAGAAUAGGUGCCUUUUGGACGCUUGCUGCUUGUGACUGUCGCUUAGUGCCUUUUGGGAACAACUUUUCUUUUAACACAGUGCUUUUUACCGAGCUUGCUCCUCUUACAAGUGUUUCUCACUGCAGUCUUCUAAAAUACAUCCCGACCUUCCUCUGCCCUUGUGUU